AACGUAUAAAGCAUUCAGAUAGCAACAGUAUUAUUUGUCGAAAUCCACGCGUGCAUCGUGUUCGAGGAUAUACCACACGCGUGGUCUCCACGAACUUACCACGAAGCAGCAAUAGCCUUUCUGGUUCAAAUAUUCUCUUCAGUCUUUUGAACGCUAAAUUUCGUUCAAAUAUUCUUCAAACGGCUAAGACAGAUAUGUCGAAACGUAUCCAAGAUAUUCUAAAGUGAAAGCUAUUAACACUUUUCUUUAUAUUGCAUUUUAUUGUACGCCGCAACUGUACUGUAACUAAUGUUUCGUACUUGUUCAAACUUGUCUUGGAAAGAUAACUUCAAAUCCCCUUUAUCGGGUCCUUAGACUAACUGAAAAAUUCUGAAUAUUCAUGCCGGCAAUUCAUUCAUACUCAUUAUUGAUAUUGCAGAAUAGAGUUUAUUUAUAAAAUAUCCUGGUCAUUUACAAGUUUUACGGAUACAUUUCCUUUGAUAAGAAAAGAAACGGAAGGAUUUUCAGGCAUUAUCACCCAACAAACUGGCAAGAAUUGUUUUAUAACAUUCAUGGAAUAUAAAUUUGCGCCCAGUGACAGUGCAAUACAGCGUUCAUUUGAAGUUGUAUUUGAUGACGCCGUGCGUUAUUUAGUUAUUUCAUGUCGAAAGGAGCGUCAGCUGGCUUUGAACCAAUCCAAAGCGAGAUAGAAUCUUAUUAUUGAAAAUUUUGAUGAAUUGAUUAAGGCGUUCAUUGUCAGCAAGGCGGGCUUUUAUUGGCAUAGUGCGAAACCUCUGUUUGUCAAAAUCAUCUCUUGAAAUCUGCAUAUUAUUAUCGAUACGAGAGAGCCUGAUUUGUCCUAAUCACUCGCCUUAAGAUUUCGAGCACAAGCGAGCGAGAAGCCACAAACUUGCUGACGUAUAUUUUGCUGAUAAUGUUGAGACGCUCAGUCUUCAUUUGUACGAGCCAUGGCCGGAAUUAUUCGAUAGGAAAUUGAACUCGCGAAUAAUAACUGUCGUGUUCAAUGCACCUGAGACAAAGAGCCGCUGGAAAGAAAUAAUUUGUCAUGAUGUCAGCUAUGCUUCAUCUCAAAACUCUCUCAUGAUUGACAACGCAAAGAGCCAAAGAAAGUCGUUAACAUUCUCUGGAAAACUAUGAAAGUGGCCCUACUGGCUGGUCUGGCUGCAGGAAUUCCUCUGUGUUUUGUCGCGAUUUUUUGUGUGUUCUACCGCUUGUACUGCAAACGAGACAGAAGAGAAGAUAACAUCAUCCUAGGUCAGGGUCGUAAGCUUUGGAGGAAGAGUUACGAAGUGGUGGGCUCCUCGCACGAGAGCCUCUCGAUUCCAAAACAUGCACCAAAAGUCGUCUCGAAAUUUGUCCAGGACUCGCCUCAGUUAAGCAGCACAUCAACAUCGGCACACAUCUCUCCGAUCGAGGAUCAACUAUGCCUUACCGAAGAUGACGACGACGACGAUAACUCGUCUCUUAGCAACUACAGAACGGCUCCGGACGAGCUCUACAGUCCCGAGUGUCCAUCGGUCGAGUCUCGGGAUACGAUCGAGCUGAUUUCGUUAUCUCCGGUUAAAACCUCGUACACGUCGGAAAACCGUAGUGACCCUUAUGUUAAAGAUAUCCCCCCGUUGCAGGAACAUCGAAGGAUACCGUCUAUCAGGGUAGUGGACGAGAACAAGGAUGUUCUGUUUAAGCUAGACGCUAAACCGAACUCUAGCCACAGAGAAAAGCGCCGUGAAGACAAAAUUCCGUUGAAUUUACCAUCAUCUGUGAUUCAAGGAAAUCGUCAUCAUCCCUGUUCACGGCCUGGCAUGAUCGAUGUUUCCAUUCUGUAUAAACAAACCACCUGCGAACUGUUUCUUAAGGUCAACAAAGCGAUAGACUUACCUGUGAAAGACUUAAGAAACAACACAUCGUCCGCAUUCGUAAAACUGUACGUCCUGCCGUCUCGUCGAUAUAAUUACACAACAAACAUUGUCUCGAAAUGUCUGAAUCCAGUAUUUAACGAGAGCUUUGCUAUUGGUGGCCUGACACUCAUGGAAAUAUUACAAUUGACUAUUCAAUUUCUUGUGAUACAUCACGAACCAAUACACAGAAAUAUUAUGAUAGGUGAACUAUCGUUACCGCUCGUCAAUUACGAGUUUGUGGACGAGGAACUGACUCUGUGUCAAAAUUUGAGAGAACACAAGCCCAAGCCGGUUCUUGGAGAAUUGCUUGUCUCUGUGUGUCAUCAACCACUCGCCAGUAAACUGUCUGUGACAGUUGUACAGGCUCGAAAUUUACCAAAGAUUAGUAAUUAUGGAAUUGGAGAUCCCUACGUGAAAGUGGAAUUAUUUUUUAAUUCAAAACGACUUUGUAAGAAGAAAACGCGGACAAAAAAGAAGACAACGAAUCCUCGUUUUGUUCAAUUAUUUACAUUCGAUCUUGAGGCUUCGUACAUUGCUUUGGAGUCGUUGAUCUUAGUAAUGACGAUAUUGGUCAAAGAUCCAGGGGGGUGUCACGAGAAAAUCGGACAAGUCGUACUCAGUUCUCUCACAGGUGGCUCCGCCUUUGCUCAAUGGAACGAAGUGAUACAAAAUCCGCACGUGCCGAUCGAGAAAUGGCAGAUGAUCCAUGAAUGAUCUGAACGUGAACGAACACGACCUGACUAGGCCAAAUAAUCCUAGCGUAGCGUUGCCAAGCGUUACGAAUAUUUCAUUGUUUCCAAAGAAUCAAGAAGCCUCAGGUACAAGUAUUGAAUACGAGAAAAAAAUACGUUGAAAAUCCUUUGAGGCAAAGGACGUGCUUUUCAUGAUUGGGAUAUCGAACCCUAGUUUUCACAAAGGAAAUUUGAUUGAUCGAGACGAUGACAGAUGGUGCAAAGAAUCGUUGACCAAUCCAUGUCAUGAGCAUAUUGGCAACGAUCAGUUUUUAUCCAAAUGAAAAGCUACCUCCGCUUUGAAAUCGAUGAGAUUUAAUUGAAAGCUAAAAAUUCAGCGUCACCAUGUGAAUGAGAGUCAGUCAGUUUACUCGAGCAGGGCCGAAACUAGACGACCAGUUGAUGGAGGCGCCUCUCAUUCUUCUCAAUCACGCUAAUGUGAUUUCUUUUGAUGACGGCGAUUGUUGUUACGAUAUCCGAAAGUUUUUCAGUACGAUAUCCUGGUGAAAAUGAAUGCAUGAAUAUAUACACUAUUGCGUCUAGUUUCCUCCCUGUAUUCGAGUAUAGAACCGGUGAAUUUUAAUAGUUU